UUGACAUAGCAACCAAACGACAGAGACACCCAGUGUGGGGUUUUUUCACUACGUAUUAAGUUUGUUUUAAUUUCUCUUCUACGUUUUAACAACUAAACGUUACUCAAGACCGCUGCCAUGAAUGCGGCAGUAGUGAAAAAGACCCAGGACACGCUGGGUAAAGUGAUAAAGAAACCGCCUCUCACGGAAAAACUGCUAAGCAAGCCUCCGUUUCGAUACCUGCACGACAUCUUCAGCGAGGUAAUCAGGACCACUGGUUUUAUGAAAGGACUGUACGGAGAGAACGAGAUGAAGUCAGAUAAUGUAAAGGACAAGGACUCCAAGAUAAUCUUCCUCCAGAAAGCGAUAGAUGUCGUGAUGCUGGUUAGCGGCGAGCCCCUUGCGGCCAAACCAGCACGCAUUGUGGCCGGCCAUGAGCCUGAGAAAACCAAUGAGCUGCUACAGGCCAUGGCCAAGUGCUGCCUCAACAAGAUGUCUAGUGACGAUGUGGUGAAGCGAGUGCUUUCAGGAGAAAAGUUGGACCUGAAGACCAAGGCCAGCACGUCCAGGUCCCAGGACAAGGAGAAUAGGGAAGGACGUGAACGUCACCAGGAUAGAGAGGAGAAGAAAAAGACUAUAGAGCGCAGCGGGAGCCGGGACCAGAAGGACCCAGACCAACCCAAAGAGCAGGAGAGCCGACGCAGAGACGGGGAGCGCUCGGACAAGCACCACCGCAGCGAACAGGACCAUGGCAAAGACCGCGAAAAAGACAAAAGCCGGGACCGGGAGCGCGACAGGGAUAAAGACAAAGGACGAGCAAAAGACAGGGACAGGGAGAAGGAUAGAGAGAGGGAUCGAGAAAGGGAAAAAGAAAAGGAGAGAGACAAAGACAGAGAAAAAACAAGAGAUAGAGAUUCUCACAGAGACCGGGAAAGAGACAAGGACAAACGGAGAGAAAAAGACAAAGAGCGGGGCAAAGAGAGAGAGCGACAAAAAGAGGGAGAAGAGAGGAACAGAGGCGGGAAUAGCAAGGCCAGAUCAUCAGAGGAACCACAGCAAAAACCUGAUCCCGAAGGGUCCAGCAGAACAGCCAAACCUGUGCCAGCGCCUGCAGAGGCCGUUGAGAGCCAGCAGUCCAACAGUCCAGCUAGAAUACCGCGGCCUUCAUCUGCCAAAGGGCAAAGGCGGAGACCAAAAAUUGGAGGUCAAGAUGAGUCUGACAGUGAUGGAGAUGGAGAUGCUCAGUUAGCCCAGAGACCUGUCCCCCUGGAAAAUGGAGAAGCUGGAGACUCCUUGGUGCCAUCCGACAUGGCCUCCAGCAACAGGCGGAUAGCACGGCCCAGCAGUGCUCGCCCGGCACCUCCACGAGUCAAGAGGCAGGAGAGUUACUCCGAUGUGGCCCCAACUGAGAGGCUGUCUUGUGCCAAGCCCUCUGCACCAGUCAUCAUGGACGGGAAGAAGCUGUCCGAAGACGAGGAGGAUGAAGAUGAGCAAUUUCUCGUGGAGGAGGCAGUCCCUCCACCCUCAGAUGCUCCUGAGAUGGAGAUGGCACCUGCACAAGAACUCAACAGUGAAGAGAAACACGGUGGCCUUGUGAAAAAGAUCCUUGAGACCAAGAAAGACUAUGAAGUGUCACCAUCCUCCCCCAAAUCUAAAGAGCAGAACUUGAUGUCUGAAGCAGCGAGGAAGAAAGAGCGGGACCUGGUGACACGGGAGAUAGAGCGGCUCCGUUCAUCCAUCCAGACGGUUUGUCGCAGCACUCUGCCUCUUGGUAAGAUCAUGGACUAUAUCCAGGAGGAUAUGGACGCCAUGCAAGCUGAACUGCACACCUGGCGGCGGGAGAAUAAGGAACACGCACAGGCCUUGCUGCAGGAGCAGAGAGCGACAGACCGAGCGGUAGAGCCUCUCAAAGCAGAACUAGCUGAACUGGAUCAGCUGAUCAAGGACCAGCAGGACAAGAUUUGUGCCGUGAGGUCCAACAUACUGAAGAAUGAAGAAAAGAUCCAGAAGAUGGUAACUGGAAUCAACUUCUCCUCUAGAACCUGAAGUGAGAAACAAAAUCUUUACCAUAAAUGCACUGAAGAUGAAGUGUUGAAGUUCUUGUUCAGAAUAAUACAGUAAGACCAUUUUUCAUGGCGAUGAUGAUGUGGGCUGUAGCAGCUCUGCACUUUCAGGGGUUUUUGUGAGAACAGGAGAUGGAAUCAGAUAUAUACGUACACUACCAAACGGGGAAAUAAGCAUCAUCAGUCAGAUGUUGGAAAAUAAGAGCUUCCAUAAGAUGGUCUGGAAGUGUAGCUCUAUUCUGGCUGAUGACGUGGAAAAAAUGCACAGUGAAGUUAGAGAUGUGUCGACUGCUGUGACCGACAUAAAUAGACAAAUAAAUAAAAAUAUCCUCCUGCACUGCACACUAACCGAACCCUGUCUUUUACCCCCUUUUCUAUAAUGGUGCCUUUAUGAAAUGAGUCUGUGCACAACUCAUGACUUGGAAGUUGUAUUUAAUACGUGGUCAGUUCAUCUAAAGCCUGACACAUUCCUAAAUGAACAAUAAUUAACAUGAAUGUUGGGACCAAGUUGUUAGUUCUCUCUUUCUCGUUAUUUUUCCUGCUUGUGAUGACUUCAAACUUUUCCGCUGCCGUGCAAAGAACAUGCAGUUUGGAAUAGUGAGCAGGCCACUCCAAUAAAACUAAUAAAACAUUCAUAAAAUAUUCUUGUGGCACAUUCAGCUGGUUGAACACAGGAGUGAAAGUCCAAAUAAAUGUUCUAGGUCUUGACUGAAGAAAUAAACAUGCAGGACUCUGGGAAUUUCGGGGUCCUGGUGGCCUAGUUGACUGACGUGUCGAUGCUAUAUCACUGUGUUAGGUUUGAAUUUGUUUUGGGACCCUUUUCAUGAUCUUUUUUAAAAUCUUCCACAAAUGUUUCUAUUUUAAGCUACUUCCCCCCCAACGUAAUUUUUGGCUAUUUUUCAGCAAUACUUAAAGUUUAUCUGUGCGUUUCAUUCACUGUUUCCACUUUAGAAGCACCACUGCACUUUGAUAAGUGUGAUUAGGAGAGGUACCUUUGCAUGUAAAAAAAGCUUUUUGGCAACAAGGAAGUGUUAGAUUUUAUUUUCUUUUUUCUCUUAUACUUAUAAAAACAUAACAUAGACAGACUAAUGUACUUUCAGGGAAUUCUCCUUAAGUAGCCAGCGUUGAUUUGUACUGCAGGAUUUGCCAAACUGUACUUUUUUUUGUAAUGGAUACACAUAUACAUAAUGGAUGUUUGGGCAGGUUGAAACUUUUUGUGUGACUGUGAACUUUAAAUUCAUUUAAAAGUAGAGUCAGUGAUUCUGGAGAAAGGUCGUUGAAUUUGGGUAUUUUUUUUGUGUCCAUACAUUUCGGGGUUUAGUUCAAAUAUCAACAAUCUUUCUCAAUGACUGACUUUACCUUUAAAUAAAGAAGAAAUAUGGUCAUAUUUUUCCUUUUCUUGAAAGUCUGACUGAAUUGGAAAAAAAAUUCUGAUAUUUCCCCAAAGACCUUUUUUCCUCCUUUUAACAAUAGACAAUUAACAAUAUAUUAUUUUUUAUUGCGAAAAAGGGAUGACCAAAUGUGAUUUUUAGUUGGACUUUUUAAAAAAGUGCUUUCUAAAUGAUAAUAUGAAGCAAUACUGGACCAAUAAUUGUAGUAGGAGACUUGAGAAUAGUUGAGAUGUGACACUAAACCACUGUCCCUCUGUUGUCUGAGUGAUAUACAAAUAACAAAAACAAGAGCAGGAGAGUCAUCCAUGAUUUCUUCCUCAGUGGCCUACUGUUUAUCGCCCUGAAUUAAAUGCAGUUUCCAUAUUUAAAGAGUAAUACCAAUAUAUAACUUUACACUAAACACCUGCAGUAGUUUUUACUGCAUGUUUGCCUUCCAGAAAACUUCCUGUGUUUACAGAAAAUCAUUUAAAAAGAAAAAAUAUUUACUGAAGCAUCCUGAUUGGAUCAACAAAUGUAAUCCACUAUUUUAAAUGUGUAUUAUUUUUUACCAAAAUGCCCAGUAAUUGCUAUUUUCACUUUUUAAGACAUUAAUGCAGUGACCAUACGGACUGUAGAGACUGCUCCAUUUUCUCCGUAGAGCACCAAAGCAGAUAUUUUCCAUUUCAAUCCUCUCUGUUAUUGUCAUGGAUGGGAGAUAAAAUGCCUGAGCUGAAAAACAUAAAUCAGUUCUGUGAUUUUUCGCUUUAGAUAUUUAAUGGACAAGAUAAUUUAUAAAUUGGUUGUAGAAACCGAAACAAACACAGCUGGAAAUGGUAUAAAUUUACAGCUUCUGAUUGGCAGAUGUUGUGUAUUUCAUAGCCAUCAACGGCCAGAAAGAAGAAGAAAGAAGAAAAGUAAAGUAGACGAUGCUGAUUUCAUCUUUUAAAAAAAGAAACACUUCAUUGCUUUAGUGGGAAAUAUCCACGUUUAUGUUAUCCAUGUGAGAGCGAUUCACUUAAUAUCAAUUAGUGUGAUUUUAUUCAGUUUUCAUAUCAGUAUUAAUAUCCAGUCCAUAAAAUAUGAAUGUGAACAGUAACCUAUUGAAAAAAAUCUACAUUUAAAAGUCUUACAAGCAAAGAAAAAAAUCCUGGAACGUGAGGACCUGAGUGUUCAUGUCUAUAUGACAGGAUUAUUUACACUGUAAACUAUUUGUAUCAUAUCCUCAGUUUCACUUUAAACUGUACAUUAUGUAUAUGUGGAGAUUGUAUCAUAGUUCAAAUAAUCUAUAAUUUUGUAGUGGAGUG